AUGGAAACCCACCUUCGUCUCCUACACAGCGGAGUAAACGCCAUGCUUGUGGAACUGCGAGAGCAUUACUGGAUACUACGAGCGCGAUCGUUGAUCAAGGGGAUCGUUCAUCGAUGUGGACGUUGUCAAAGACUUCGUUUAAAGCCGUUGUCCGCGCCGGUUGCUCCAUUUCCUAAAGAUCGUGUCUGUAAAACAAGUCCAUUUGGCAUCGUCGGAGUUGAUUUUGCCGGGCCACUGUACGCAAAAGAAAAGGCUGAAAAUGUGAAGGUGUAUAUAGCACUUUUCACGUGCGCGAUAACUAGGGCAGUGCACCUGGAACUGGUUCAAAAUAUCUCCACUUCGUCCUUUUUACUUGCAUUGCACCGUUUCAUCGCCCGCAGGGGGAUUCCCGAAGUGAUAUAUUCGGACAAUGCUGCAAGCUUCAAGCGAGCAUCCAAAGAACUGCAAGGUUUCUCGGAAGUGGCCGCUCAACCACAAGUACAAGACCACGCAGCCUCCCACCGCAUUCGCUGGAAAUUCAUUAUCGAGCGAGCAGCUUGGUGGGGAGGCUGGUGGGAACGAAUGAUAGGAGGAGUCAAAGCAGUAUUGCGCAGAACUUUAGGGCGAGCCUCGCUUACCUCGGAAGAACUAGCUACACUUUUGACAGAAGCUGAAGCAGUGAUUAAUUCGCGACCAAUUACCUAUGCGGAUGCUGACGACAAUGACAAUGUGCUAACCCCUGCCCAUUUUUUUAUUGGAAAGCGGCUGACCUGUUUGCCUUACUCUUCAGCACCGACGGCCUCUGUAUCUACCUACAGUGGGUCCGACUACCGACGCAGAAGAAAGUAUCACCAGCAUCUGAAAAACAUUUUUUGGAAGAAGUGGACCGAUGCUUAUCUUUCUGACUUACGUGCUGCAUACAAGUUCCCACAGAAAAAGUGGAAUACAGUAAAGGAGGGGGACGUAGUGGUGGUGCACGACGAGCGACGCCCCAAGUACUUUUGGAAGUUGGGAACCGUUAAGGCAAUUUUCCCUGGUCGUGAUGGGAACACUCGUGCUUGUACUGUUAAAUUGGCCGAUGGGUCAGAGUUGCGACGACCCGUGCAGCUUUUAUACCCCUGGGAGUGA